GUGGUUAAAGUUAUAUUGAAAAUAUGACGUUAAUAGUCUAAGGAGUACACACAACUAAAUUUUGUCGUAGCCAUAUUCCGAAAAUGGAUCUUUUUAACAAUGAUGUCGCUAGCUGUAUGGAACACUUCGACAACACUCAUUAUAAGAAACCAUCGAGUCAAGGUAGUGGCCUUCCAACGCUGGGGCCAGGCGGUGCCCUACCCAUUGCCAAUAUACCCAACGUAUCCAGCUUCAUUAAUCAGUGCAACAAACCGAUUUGCGAUGACGCUGAUAUGCAGUGCAUCGUCGACCUGAUCGAUGGCACCAUCUGCGAAGCGUUGGCAAUAAUUGAGUCAGACCCGCGCGGUCUUUUUAUUUACAACUUUCCGAAAAGGCAAAAGAUGUCCUCUAUCAGCAUGGACUCUUCAGCGUUUACUGACACCGUUGUGGCCAACGGUGAGGAUGAUCCCUCAACCACAAAUCAUUACAUGGGUGGUCUUGGCACCUCGGCGGACUCUGUAUCCAGUGGCUUGGCACGCAAGAUGCUGACCAUUGGGGACUUUGAAUACUCCAAUGCCAUUGCCGACAUUAGGGAUUUCGUCAGUCGCUGGGAACUGUCGCCGGACACUAAGUGCGUGGUGAUCAGCAAUCCGAUUCGACACGAGGUGCCCAAAAAAGGAACCAUUCUAUUUGUGGAUGCCCAUUUUUCUCGACCAACACCUCGUUGUCCGAAUCCUCUUGCCGUCGCCAAAGUGCGAUUCAUCAUUUCCUUGUCCAAGAUUCUACUGAAGCACUACCCCGUGAUGAUCACCUACCGCUUUGAAGGUUACAACACGCUCUACUACGGCCUGGGCGAAAGAUGUCUUAAUUCGUUCACUUUUCAGCGCUUCUACAUCGACACUAUUCUGCACACGAAGCUGACCUUUUUUGCUGCGAUCUCGGAGUGUCGCCACGGCACCAUCGAAAAGCCCAAGAAUAAUAUCAAGACGAAGAAUACCAAGAAAUCCGGCUACUGAAUUUCAUUUCACUAUUAAACGCCUUAAUUUGUGUUUUUUGAA